AUGUUACGAUAUUUUCAGGACCACGUAUAUGUACCAGCUCUCGAUCUGCGCGUUGUGAGACGAGAUGACGAGAAUGUUGAGGGCAUAGAAGAAAACUUUCCAGUUGCUGAUGACGAUGAGGGGCUGCAGGAGAAGACUGUGCCAGCACAUGAAUGCAGAAUGAAUAACGGCAAAGAUGCAGCUGUUACUGGUCACGAAGUGGAAGAUCAAGAAACUCAGCUUCUAGAAGAAGCUAAUAAUCUACCUGGAGUAAGACAUGAAAUGGAAGGCCAAUCGAUAAAUGGCGUGGAAGAAGCUAACAAAACGUCUGUCAUCCGAAAUGGACAGGCAGAACAACGAACACAGUUCAACAAAAGAGAGAAUGCUGCGACUGGUUCAAUAUAUAAGGUGGCAGAGCUACUGGCACAGCCCGUGGAAGUAUUCAACAAUAGAGGUGCUGCCACCCACGGUUUGUCUGAGCAGCGGACACAGUCUUUGCAAAGAGCCAGCAGCGGAACUGGUGCUAUUCAGAUAGUUUACAAGAAACACACACAGCCAAUGGAAGAAGCGAACAAUAGAGACAGCGCCAGGCGGGGGCUGGUAAAUGAUGUAUCACAGCCCAUACAUGGAGAGAGUAGUAAAGCUGGCACUAGACAUGGUUUUGUAAAGCAACGACCAGAGCUUGUGGAAGAAGCCAACAGUAGAGCUGGUGUCAUACUGCAAGGGGCAGAGCAACGGACGCUGCCUCUGGGUGGAACCAACAUUAUUGCAAGUGUCAGACACGAUUUGACAGACCAACAGGAAGGGCACAUUCUAGUUGCAAACAGUGGAGAUGGCACUAGACAUUGUCGGGUAGAGCAGGAUCAAAAUGUAGGAGCCCAAAAUGUGGUCGGUACCAAUCACAGAAUUAUACAUCAACAGUCGCAGCCAGCGAAAGUGCCAAACAAUCGAACUGGCGCCCAGGAAGAAAGACUUCAGCAACAGGAAAAACUUGGGCAAAAAGCCAACGAUAGUGCUGGCGACAGUCCAAGAGUAUUAGAGCAAAAGUGGCAGCCCAUGAAGGCAACCAUAAUAGCAGACUUCAAUACCAAACAGGUACUGCUGGUGGCAGGAGGGCAGCCGACUCAGUCGAUGGAAGGCGCCAACAAUAGAACUGGCACCAGACAAGGAGCUUUAGAACAACGCGGAAAGCCAAUGGGAGACGCCAACAAUAGACCUGGAGUCACUCAGGUAGCAACGGAUCAACAAGCACAGCCCACAGAGAGAGUCAACAACAGAUCUGCCGCCAGAUAUGGUCUGGCAAAUUUUCAGCCACUGCCCUCGGAUAAAACUAGAAUCAAACAUUAUUAUGUAGACCCUGGACAAACACAUGGAUACUUUUUGGUUGAACCUGGAACCACUUACAUAGUUGUACACCGAAAGUCGCAGCCAAUGGAAGGUGCUAACAAUAGCACUGGAGCCAGAGGAGAAGUACUUGAGAAUCGGGAACAGUAUGUGCGAAAAACCGACGACACACCUGACGACAGUUCAACAGUAGAACACGAAACACCAGCCAAAGUAGGAAAGUGCUGUGGCAGACAUGCCGUGCUGCCAUUGAUACUAGCUGAAAUAGGGCAGCAAGUGGAAGAAGCCAACAACAUAACCGGCACUAGACAAGUAGUGUUAGAACAACGGAUACAAUCUACGGAAGAGGCCAAGAACAGAGUGGUGGCUCAACAAGCACAGCCCUUGGAAGCAGUCAACAAUAUAGCUAUAGCCAGAUAUAGUCAAGUAGGGUAUCAAGCACGGCCCACAGAUGCAGUCAACAAUGGAAAUGGCAACAGACGUGGUGAGGUAGAGCAACAGCCACCAAACUUGCAAGUGUCCACUAGUGCAGCUGGAGGCAGGCAAAAACUUGUAGGGCAAGCAGCACAACCCAUGGUAGGAGACUACAGAGUAAUUGCUGCCAGGCAAGAAGUGGUGGAGCAUCAACCACAGCCCAUCCAAGGAGCUAACACUGCAUCUGGGAGUAGAUCUAGAGUCUUAGAGCAACAGGUAGUGCCAGUGGAAGAACGCAACAACAGAGCUGGCACCGGCGGUAGGGAUGGAGACAGUCAUCUAGCUCAGGCUGUGGGACGAGCCAUCAGUAGUAGCUCCGCCAGGGUUGGGAUUGUAGAGCAGGGGGCACAGCCAGUGCAAGGAUCCAACACAGAAGCUGUGAGGAGGCGGAGCAUGGGAGAGCAUCUUGCACAACAUGUGCCAGUGGAGGAACGCAACAACAGAGCUGGCUCCGGCAGUAGAGAUGGAGACAGUCAUCUACCACAGGCUGUGGGACGAGCCAUCAGUAGUAGCUUCGCCAGGGUUGGAAUUGUAGAGCAGGGGGCACAGCCAGUGCAAGGAUCCAACACAGAAGCUGUGAGGAGGCAGAGCAUGGGAGAGCAUCUUGCACAACCUGUGCCAGUGGAAGAACGCAACAACAGAGCUGGCUCUGGCAGUAGAGAUGGAGACAGUCAUCUACCACAGGCUCUGGGACGAGCCAUCAGUAGUAGCUUCGCUAGGGUUGGAAUUGUAGAGCAGGGGGCACAGCCAGUGCAAGGAUCGAACACAGAAGCUCUGAGGAGGCAGAGCAUGGGAGAGCAUCUUGCACAACCUGUGCCAGUGGAAGAACGCAACAACAGAGCUGGCUCCGGCAGUAGAGAUGGAGACGGUCAUCUAGCACAGGCUGUGGGACGAGCCAUCAGUAGUAGCUUCGCCAGGGUUGGAAUUGUAGAGCAGGGGGCACAGCCAGUGCAAGGAUCCAACACAGAAGCUCUGAGGAGGCAGAGCAUGGGAGAGCAUCUUGCACAACCUGUGCCAGUGGAGGAACGCAACAACAGAGCUGGCUCCGGCAGUAGAGAUGGAGACAGUCAUCUAGCACAGGCUGUGGGACGAGCCAUCAGUAGUAGCUUCGCCAGGGUUGGAAUUGUAGAGCAGGGGGCACAGCCAGUGCAGGGAUCCAACACAGAAGCUCUGAGGAGGCCGAGCAUGGGAGAGCAUCUUGCACAACCUGUGCCAGUGGAAGGACGCAACAACAGAGCUGGCUCCGGCAGUAGAGAUGGAGACAGUCAUCUACCACAGGCUGUGGGACGAGCCAUCAGUAGUAGCUUCGCCAGGGUUGGAAUUGUAGAGCAGGGGGCACAGCCAGUGCAAGGAUCCAACACAGAAGCUGUGAGGAGGCAGAGCAUGGGAGAGCAUCUUGCACAACCUGUGCCAGUGGAAGAACGCAACAACAGAGCUGGCUCCGGCAGUAGAGAUGGAGACAGUCAUCUACCACAGGCUGUGGGACGAGCCAUCAGUAGUAGCUUCGCCAGGGUUGGAAUUGUAGAGCAGGGGGCACAGCCAGUGCAAGGAUCCAACACAGAAGCUGUGAGGAGGCAGAGCAUGGGACAGCAUCUUGCACAACCUGUGCCAGUGGAAGAACGCAACAACAGAGCUGGCUCCGGCAGUAGGGAUGGAGAAAGUAAUCCACUUAGUGCCAGGCAUAGAAAUGCAGAACGAGCACAGGCUGUGGGACGAGCCAUCAGUAGUAGCUCCGCCAGGGUUGGAAUUGUAGAGCAGGAGGCACAGCCAGUGCAAGGAUGCUGCUGUCAAGCUGUCGCUGGACGAAGCAUAGGACAGCAUCGUGCACAACCUGUGCCAGUGGAAGAACGCAACAACAGAGCUCUCCCAUGCUCCAGCAGUAGGGAUGGAGAAAGUAAUCUACUUUGUGACAGGCAUAGAAAUCCAGAACGAGCACAGGCUGUGGGACGAGCCAUCAGUAGUAGCUCCGUCAGGGUAGGAAUUGUAGAGCAGGGGCCACAGCCAGUGCAAGGAUCCAGCAGUGACGCUGGCAACAACAGGCGGAGCACGGGAGAGCAUCGUGCACAACCUGUGCGUAUUGCCAGGCAACGAGUAGUACUGCAACGCGCACAGUCCAUGAGUGCGGCCAACAGGAGAGCUGGUACCAGCAGGGGUCGUCCGAUGGAUGGGGCCAGGUGGCAGCUUCCUGAUUCAACAGUCGAUGAGAACAACAGGCGAAUUGUUCAAGAGCCUCCACGCGGAAUGCACUGGCUUCGCACAUACACUGAUAAUGAGGCCGAGGGAGUGGUUAUUGAUGGUAGCAAUCCAUCGCAGCGAAACCGCUCACAUGCUAAUGAGGCAGAACGCGAUACAUCUUCACCCGAAGUCGUCGUCCUCGCAGAGCUGCCCCCAACUCGUAUCUCAAGGGCCGUGGGAGAUUCAGCUUCCAGAAGCAGCAGCAGUAGAGAUGAACUUUCGCCCGAUGUCAUCUUAGUCGCAGAAAUUCCGACGGGACGUAAUGUACGGGCUAUCUGCCCCAAUCAACAGCAACAGCAAAGCGAGGCCCAGCCAAGUGGCUCAGCCCAGCAAGGCAGUUCAGCCCAGGCAAGUUUCUCGCCUCGUCCAGGUUGCUCAUACUGGGGAGAGGGCUCAGCCCAGCCAGGUUGCCCAGUCUCAUCACGUGCCCAUCCCCAACCAUGCCACUCGUCAUUUUCAUGUGGCUCUCGCCGACCAUCAGCCCAGGCAGGUGGCUCAAGAUGGCCAAGUGACUCAGCUGAGACAAGUGGCUCAGCUGAAUCAGGUGGUUCGAGCCGAGCCAGUGGCUCGUCUGAGUCAGAUGGUUUAAACCGAACCAGUAGCUCAACCGAAUCAGAUAUAUCAAGUCAAACCAAUGGCUCAGCUGAGUCAGAGGGUUCAAGUCAAGCCAGUGGCUCAGUUGAGUCAGAUGGUUCGAGUCGAACCAGUGGCUCAGCCAGGUCAGAUAGUUCAAGGCGAGCCAGUGGCUCAGCCGGGUUAGUUGCUUCAAGCCGACCCAGUGGCUCAGCUGAGUCCAAUGGUUCACGUCGAGCCAGUGGCUUAUCCUGGUCACGUGUUUCAUCAUCACCCAGCGGAUCAGCGUCCUCAAGUGGAUCAACCAGGUCCUCUAGAACAGCACAGGCGGGCAACUCUCGAGAUGCAGACUCAUUCUCCGAGGACACUACUUCAGAUGACUCAUAUGAUGAGACGGACCUGAGCUCAAGAGUUCCUUCUACUGACACUCGCAAAGGUCAAAUAGCGUUUUUGAGGAGGCGUGACAUAUACAAAGGUAUUGACUUCUACGUGACACAAGUUUAUGAAUAUAAGGAACUUAUGGACUUGUCCAGAAUUUUUGAGUUGAGCUCAGUUGAUGAGGACACUGAUAUUGACAUGUACAUGCCAGCGGGGAAUGAUUCUGAUGAUGAAGGGGAAGAAAGUCAUGCUACUCGUGGCCAGAUAUCAUUUUCACAAGGUGCAGAGGCUCAAUUUAACAUAAUAUCAGAGAGUGAGUCUGAGGAGGAGGAAGAAGAAGAAGAGGAGGAGGGGGAGGAGGAGGAUUCUUCUGAUGACCAGGUACCCACUGGCAAGAAAAUGAUUGUUAAGCGUCAGAGGCCAGCAACAAAUGGUCGUACAAAAAGGAAGAAGAUUCAAGUGAAGAGGAAAUCACAAGCUGGACGAAAGAAGAGAAGGAAAAUGUGAAAUAGUUCACAGAUGAACACAUCUUUCUGGUUUAUUUCCUUCAAGAAAUGAUUAUCUAACUUAAAAAGAAGUAUCUAUAUAUUUGGUGUGCCAAGUUAUCUUAUAAGUAUAAGCAAAGAAGAAGUUAUAAUCAUUCAUCAGCAAUGUUUAUGCAGUAUUCAGAGAACCAAAUAUUAAGAAUUGUCUGUUUUAUAUUAUUGUUAUUAUUCACAGAAUUAUCUGUGUUAAUUGUGAUGUUGCUAUAUUGUGUUAGUUGUUAGCAAUAUCCCAACAGUACUGUAGUAAGCUAGUGUAAUAUGCUAUUUAAUAUGUAUUAUUGGUGUCUGUCAUCUGCAAAAAAUGUAUUUCCUUUACAGCACAAACAUCAACUGAUAAAUGAUGUGUAUCUUGAUUCACACAUAUUUCAUCAUCUCUGUGCCGUCAUCAGUGGUAACAUAGCGAGAGGUGUAGAAAUCUAUUUGGAAUAGAAUCUAAAACAAAUUAUUUUCAAAUGGCAUAACAUUUUACAUGAUGUUUUACCAUGGCACAAAAAGAGUUAAUCCUCCUUCAUACAUUGAUUAAUUAUGUUACCACAUAAUGUUUGUGCUAUGAUGGGAAUGAUUGUCCUGUAUUUACUUAGUAGAAAUGUAAUUUUUUUUAUAGAUAUCAAUAUUAAUAGGCUCAUAUUAUAGCUGUUAAGUUACUUCUUAUUAAUGAGUUCAUGUUGUUCAGUUACUUUUGGUGUCCGCAAUCAUAAUCAGAAUCACAUAUAAGGAAUCUGCUGAAAUUUUUCAACGUCUGGGCUGUUCCUACUGUUGUAUGUACAAGGGAUAGAACUGGAAUUUUUAAAAUUCAUAUUACAAGGUCAUUUUAAUGCUCAUUGUAUCUGUACAAGACAGUACCUACAUAUCUCCAUGAGUGGCGAGAAGUUAUUACAAGAAAUUUUACUGUUUUUCUCAGUAAAUCUGUUGUUUCAGCUGUGUCAUCAGAUGUGGAACUAUUUUUGUAUAUAGAUCUCCACACCAACAGUCUUGUAUAUCUUUGCAGAGACUGACAUAAAUAGUUUGUGGAGUAAUAAGGUUUCUGAGUCGCAGUUGAAAAGGUAUGGGAACUUUAGUUUUUGAACAUGCUAUUGUACUACAGGAAUAAAGAUCAAUAGUUAUGAAACUGUACACUUUUGAUAUCAUAUGUGAAAAGAAAUUAACAAUUUCAAACUUAUCAAUAUAUUUUAUGUGAAUUUGGAAUACUUAAAACAGCUAUUUUGAAAUCAUAUAUGUCAUAUUUUGGACUCAUUGCUCUGAGACACCAUUAUGUGAUUUGUUUCUUAAUCUUAUGUAUUAAUUAUGGAAUUCCUGUAUAUUUUGAGUUUAUAUGUUUUUUUGUGGUUACAUUUAUAAUCAUUUCUUCUUUAUCACUCUAUGUUAAUACAAUUUUUAUGCAGUUGUCCUAAAUCACGUCUCUUUCUUGAAUAAUUUGUUCCUUAUUUUGACAUUAACACUUUAUUUAAUUAUUCUGGAACUGGAUGAUUUCACCAUUUUGCACAUUAUUGUUGUAUAUCAUAAUAACAAUUAUUAUACUUACAGUCUAUUAUGAAUCCACACAGCUGUGUGAAACUCUUCUUAGGGUCAUCAUCACAUUUAACUUUUUCAUCACUCUGCUGUGUGGGUUAAAUAUGCUGUAAGCAUAACAGUUUUUAUUGUAAUCUAGCUUGAUAGUGUCCUCAGUGUGAAAAUAACUACCUGCCUAAUGAUGAAGUAAAGUGCUUAUUGCGAAAUAAAAGAACAGCCUACAUAGAAAAAUCACUUCCUUUAAGUAUAUUAAU